UUUAAUUUUUUACCUUACAAGCUUAAAACCGAGGCGACACCCUUUCAUCGUCUUUCUCAUUCGCAGUACGACUCUUCUCUGUCUCUCUCCCCCUCUCUCUCUCCCAAAUCUCGAAACCUACGAAACAAAACACAGACGCAAAACUCUCUGACUUUCCACACUCAACUUCUCGCAAUUACCUUCUAAAACCCUCACAGAACCCCCAAAUAUCAAAUAUUUCCUCUCAAUUUUGUCGCUUCAAUCCACCACAAGCUUCUUUGAUCCCUUUCCCCAAACAAUUCCGUGCAGUUUCCGCCGUCAAUGUCCAAUUCCGGAGGUUUCGCCGUCACUCGGCACCACCACGGCGCCGACCGCUUCUACAACCCACCGGCGGUACGGCGCCACCAGGAGUUGCAGCUCCGCCAGCCGCAGUCGCAGCCGCAGAGGCAGCUCCAGAGGCCGUUGAAGUCUGACGCCCGAGUUGACUCGCCCGAGGCGGAGGCGCGGACCCACUCGGACGAGGCGACAUUGUCGAGGCCUAACUCGGUCUGCUCUUCUUCUCCAUCGCGAACAGCCAAUUUGACUAAUUUGGAUCGUAUUAUGGAAUCCGUCACUCCAUUUGUUCCAGCUCAGUUCUUCUCCGAGGCAAGAAUAAGAGGGUGGAGAAAUCGUGAAAAUGAUAUGCAACCAUUUUUCUGUCUUGGGGAUCUAUGGGAAGCUUUUGGAGAAUGGAGUGUAUACGGGGUGGGAGUGCCACUAGUCCUGAAUGGAAGCGAUUCUGUUAAACAGUAUUAUGUUCCAUCCUUAUCUGGAAUACAGUUGUACAUAGACUGCUCGAGGAGGCCUGGUGAUGAUAGUGAUGCGGAGUCGUCAAGGGAAACAAGUAGCGCUGGAAGCAGUGAUUGUGAAGCAGAAAGACGAGUGAAAGGUGUUGUUGAUGGAGUAUGGGGUAGGCACAACCUCAUGAAUUUGAAUUCCCAGAGGUUAAAUCGACUUACGUUGAGAGAUAAACAUCAUAUGAGCUCAUCAAGCGAUGAAAAUGAGGUUUAUAACUCAUCAGGGUCGCUUGUAUUUGAGUACUUUGAACAAGAACAACCACAUCAUCGUAAACCGUUAUAUGACAAGGUCUCCAAUCUUGCAUCUCAAUUUCCAGAGCUCAAGAUGUACAGAAGUUGUGAUUUACUGCCUUCAAGUUGGAUCUCUGUCGCAUGGUACCCAAUAUACAGAAUACCGGUGGGCCCAACUCUACAGAGUCUUGAUGCAUCUUUUCUUACCUUCCAUUCUUUAUCAACACACUCUAGAAGCAAAAGUCAGCCACAGUUACACACUCCCAGUGGCAGGAAGGUCCACGGCAUUGAUGCAUCAUCAAAGAUGUCUCUGCCCAUUUUCGGCCUUGCUUCUUAUAAGUUGAGAGGUUCAAUUUUGACUCCCAGUGGACCCCAUGAAUGGCAGCAAGCAAACUCUCUGUUACAGGCUGCCGACAAUUGGCUUCAGCGUCUGCAGGUCAAUCUUCCUGAUUUCCAGUUUUUCAUUUCCCACAAUUCUCAAUGGAGAUAGCAGGGUCAGAUCUCAAAAGCUUUUCCAUAUCGGGCAAAGGACUUCCCAGUUGUUGAGUUUCGAUUGUUUGUGUUGAGAGGUUAACAUGCCUUUGCUUUAUAAACUUUCCUGCCAAAAAGCUUUGGUUUUCAGCCUUCUCAUCCUUGUGUUUAUGCAAGUCUCUCGAUGGAAGAAGCAGCACAAAAGACUGGAAGGUAAGAAUGCUUUUGGCCUUCUGUUUAGGCUUUUGAUGGCUUUUGGAGGCAUAAGGGCUGGCAGGAUCGGCUAUUUAGUUCUUUGUGAGCGGUGCGUGAGCGACUAGAAUCGGCAAUGCAUAAUAUGCAUGGCCAGUCGCUUACUUUGUUGUGUACUUGUGUUUUGGGGCAAGCUAAAUUCUACGUGGUCUCAGGCCUCGUAAUUUGGUAAAUCAAACAGACAAUGACUGUGCUUUAUUGUCUGCCCUUGAUUCUGUAACAAACAUUUGAUAACAUUUAUGAUAUUUAGAAAAAAAAAAAAAAAAAAGAAAUCUGGUAGUGGUUUCUUGGAACUGAUUUCCUAUGUGAGCUUUGAGAUCCAGAUUUUUUGUAUCCCGGCAACAUGCUCAAGUAAAAUAGAGAAUAUCACUGACCGUACCUGCGGCAAGCUCUUAUUCCUUUUUGUCCUUUUAUUUGCGGAAGAGGAAUAUUAUCCAUAGAGCCAAAGAAUAUUUAUCUUCUUGAUCAAUAUCUUGUUCAAAUUAAGAAGAUGAUGAGGCUAACAAAGAGUUUCCCAUAAAAAAAAAAAAAACGCUGUUUGGGAAAUAUUUUAGUAAAU